UGGUUGUGUGUGGAGGGGUUCUGAGCUCUGGGGGCGGGGCCGGGCUGUGGACGGAGGCCCAGUACAUAACUGUGGGCAGCUGUAGUCUGGGGCCACAGCCAGCCAGACAGCCACUCUGAGUUGAGCGGACAGCAUGAAGGCCCUGCUGACUCUACCACUGCUGGUUCUGCUGCUUUCGACGCCUCCCUGUGCCCCCCAGGCCUCUGGAAUCCGCGGAGAUGCUCUGGAGAAGUCUUGCCUUCAGCAGCCCCUAGACUGCGAUGACAUCUAUGCCCAGGGCUAUCAGGCAGAUGGCGUGUACCUCAUCUAUCCCUCGGGCCCCAGCGUGCCCGUGCCCGUCUUCUGUGACAUGACCACCGAAGGUGGCAAGUGGACGGUCUUCCAGAAGAGAUUCAACGGCUCAGUGAGUUUCUUUCGGGGCUGGAACGACUACAAACUGGGCUUUGGCCGCGCGGACGGGGAGUACUGGCUGGGUAAGGUGGGGCCAGGGCGCGGGGGUGCUCCCUCUGCCAGCUCUCUGCUGACCAGCGGCCGCCCCUCCCCAGGCCUGCAGAACCUGCACCUCCUGACGCUGAAGCAGAAGUACGAGCUGCGAGUGGACUUGGAGGACUUUGAGAACAACACAGCCUACGCCAAGUACGUGGACUUCUCCAUCUCCCCUAACGCCGUGAGCGCCGAGGAGGACGGCUACACCCUCUACGUGGCAGGCUUCGAGGAUGGCGGGGCAGGUGACUCCUUGUCCUACCACAGCGGACAGAAGUUCUCCACGUUUGACCGGGACCAGGACCUCUUCGUGCAGAACUGCGCGGCCCUCUCCUCGGGAGCCUUCUGGUUCCGCAGCUGCCAUUUUGCUAACCUCAAUGGCUUCUACUUGGGGGGCUCCCAUCUCUCCUAUGCCAACGGCAUCAACUGGGCCCAGUGGAAGGGUUUCUACUACUCCCUUAAGCGUACCGAGAUGAAAAUCCGCCGGGCCUGAGGGGCUAGCCCAGACAGGCCCCAUGCUUUCCCUGGCCACCCAGAGUCCCCCCCCCCCCCAGUGCUUCUUCCGACCCCCUCCCCCAGUACAUUGCUUCUGCUGCUUCCUAAGUCCCAGCCAGGCCUGUAGGAGACCCCUGACCCACACCCAGAGACAUUCUAAGCCAGGUCCUGCUCCCUUCCACCUGAGGCUGGGCUGUUAGCAGCCCUCCAGGCCUUUUCUAUAGCACAGCCGUCCUAGCCUGGAUCUAGCUGGGUUCCACAAUCCAAGCUGUCACCCCAUUCCAACAGCUGAGAGCCAGGAGCCACCCUCUAGCUGCCGGCUACUGCGUACCGCUCCGGCCUAUCUCCUUACUGCAGGCCCCUCAGCUGGAGCUACCCUAGGCAGAGCAGUGCAGCACCCACAGCCUAAGCAGGUGGCCCACCCGCCGCCACACCCCAGCACCCCCUAUGGCUACUCUCAGAGCACCUCACCCUUGGACUUCCCCUCACUGACUUACUCCCAGCUAUGCUUUGGUGAGCACCCUGGAGCCCAGCCCCACCUCAUCUCCCCAUCUGCCCACCCCGGUCCCCAGGUUUAAGGCCAAAACAGUAAUCACCACAGCCGCUGCUCACCAAUCAUGAUGUAGCAGUGGGAAAGGUAGGCACAGAAACCAGGUCCCCCGCCUGCUCGAGGGAUUGAGAAUGGCGUGUGGGGCUGAGAGAGGGAGGGAGAGUAGAGGUCUCAAUAAACCUUAAAUACUGA